GUGGCCUAGCGCUGCCGCCGCUGCUGCCGCCGCCACCCGAGGGGCGCGCGCGGGAUCGUGAGGGCGGCGGGAGCUGAGCAGGAUAAAAUCAGGAAUCCCUGCCUGGUCACCAUGGGCUCCACAGUUUGGGAAUGUGGUUGAAAUUUCCAUUUUUCAUUCAUCACCGAGAGUGGAAAAAAAAAAAGGGAAAAGGGAAAAUUCCUUCAGGACCCUGAGGAUGUUGGACACGGAAAAUUUUGAAAUUUGGAGGAACCAGAAGCAGAGCCAAUGUGAAAAAUGCGAUUUUUUGAAGGAAAUAUCGGAAUUUUUGAGGAUGUGAAGGUUCUACAAGCAGAGCCAAUGUGAGAAAUGAGAUUUGGGAGGAAAUUUUAGAAUUUUUGAGGUUCUGGAAGAUGCCACAAACAAAGACAAUGUGAGAAAUGAGAUUUGGGAUGAAAUUUUAGAAUUUGUAAGGAUCUGGAAGAUGCCACAAGCAGAGCCAAUGUGAGAAAUGAGAUUUGGGAUGAAAUUUUGGAAUUUUUAAGGAUCUGGAAGAUGCCACAAACAAAGACAAUGUGAGAAAUGAGAUUUGGGAUGAAAUUUUAGAAUUUGAUUUGGGAUGAAAUUUUAGAAUUUGUGAGGUUCUGGAAGAUGCCACAAACAGAGCCAAUGUGAUUGGGAGGAAAUUUUGGAAUUUGGGAGGAAAUUUUGGAAUUUUUAAGGAUUUGGGAGGAAAUUUUGGAAUUUUUAAGGAUCUGGAAGAUUCCACAAGCAAAGCCAAUGUGAGAAAUGAGAUUUGGAAGGAAACUUUGGAAUUUUUAAGGAUCUGGAAGACGCCAUAAACAGAGCCAAUGUGAGAAAUGAGACUUGGAAGGAAACUUUGGAAUUUUUAAGGAUCUGGAAGAUGCCACAAGCAGAGACAAUGUGAGAAAUGAGAUUUGGGAUGAAAUUUUAGAAUUUGAUUUGGGAUGAAAUUUUAGAAUUUUUAAGGAUGUGGAAGAUGCCACAAACAAAGACAAUGUGAGAAAUGAGAUUUGGGAUGAAAUUUUAGAAUUUGUGAGGUUCUGGAAGAUGCCACAAGCAGAGCCAAUGUGAGAAAUGAGAUUUGGGAUGAAAUUUUAGAAUUUGAUUUGGGAUGAAAUUUUAGAAUUUUUGAGGAUGUGGAAGAUGCCACAAGCAAAGCCAACGUGAGAAAUGCGAUUUUGAAGGAAAUUUUAGAAUUUGUGAGGUUCUGGAAGAUGCCACAAACAGAGCCAAUGUGAGAAAUGAGACUUGGAAGGAAACUUUGGAAUUUUUAAGGAUCUGGAAGAUGCCACAAGCCAAGCCAACGUGAAAAACGCGAUUUUGAAGGAAAGAACCACCACCAGCCAAACCAAUGAGACUUUGGCAGGAAAUCCCAGCAUUUCUGAGGCGCUGAGGGUUCUCCGAGCAGAGCCGGCGCUCCAGGCGGGAUUUUGGCAGGAAAUGCCGGGCUCAGUGAGGAUGAGGAGGGCGGUGUGGGGCGUGAGGAAGGCCCUGGCGUGGCUGCUGCCCGCGCUGUGGGCGCUGGGCUGGCGGGUGCCCGCGGGCGCCGGGCACAGCCUGUUCUCGUGCGAGCCCAUCGCGCUCCGCAUGUGCCAGGACCUGCCCUACAACGCCACCUUCAUGCCCAACCUGCUCAACCACUACGACCAGCACACGGCCGCCCUGGCCAUGGAGACUCCACCCCUGUCUCCUGCUGGCAUUGGGCCAGACUCCCAGUUUCUUCGUCUGGCAUUGGACUAG